UGAUCCACCCACCUCAGCCUCCCAAAGUGCUGGGAUUACAGGCAUGAACCACUGUGCUCAGCUGGUGAAAGUUUUAAUACUGACCACUUAGGGUCUCUUCAGACUCAGAGAAGAGAAUCCGUAUAUACAUAAGGCAGGAGCCUUGUCCCCAGCAGGUCUGUGCAGCCCCCAUCAGCAUCAGCUGCCCUGAUGUGCCACAACGCCCCCAGUGGGGCCAGGACCAGGGCCAGGUCUCUGGCUGCUGUACAGACAUGACCUAAACCCCAUCGAAACUGUCAUUAUGGGCCGGGCGUAGUGGCUCACACCCGUAAUCCCAGUACUUUAAGAGGCCAAGACUGGUAGAUCACUUGAGGUCAGGAGUUCAAGACCAAUCUGACCAACAUGGUGAAACCCCGUCUCCACUAAAAAUACAAAAUUUAGCCGGGCAUGGUGGCGCGUGCCUGUAAUCCCAGCUACUCAGGAGGCUGAGGCAGGAGAACUGCAUGAACCCGGGAGGCAGAGGUUGCAGUGAGCCUAGAUCGUGCCACUGCACUCCAGCCUGGGCAACAGAUCCAGACUCUGUCUCAAAAAAAAAAAGAAGAAACUGUCAGUGUGGUUCUAGAAGCCAACCAAAGAAGGUAGGAUUUGCCCCACCAAAGACCAGUAUCCAGGAGGAUUAACCUUGUUUUCUAGAAACCACCAUCAAACCAGGGCAUCCCUAAAUCAACUGAAGUCAGCAGAUACUUGACCAUGCCAUUCCUCCCCAUCCUCUCCCUCCUGUCUCUGACUCCCCUAAUCAAAACUGUUUUUCCAGAAUUCCACCCUCAUCCGUAAACCUAAUUUAACCGGAACACCAAUCUCCUUAGUAUUAUCAGAAAUGAUCCUGGAGGCUGGGCCCCAUGGCUCCCAGCACUUUGGGAGGCGUAGGUGGGUGAAUCACCUGAGGUCAGGAGUUCAAGACCAGCCUGUCCAACAUGGUGAAACCCCAUCUCUACUAAAAAUACAAAAAUUUCAGCCAGGUGCUGUGGCUCACGCCUGUAAUCCCAGCACUUCGGGAGGCCGAGGCAGGCGGAUCACAAGGUCAGGAGUUCAAGACCAGCUUGGCCAACAUGGUGAAACCCCAUCUCUACUAAAGAUACAAAAAUUAGCCAGGAGUGGUGGUGCGCACCUGUAAUCCCAGCUACUCCGGGGGCUGAGGCAGGCAAAUCACUUGAACCCAGAAGGCAGAGGUUGCAGUGAGCCAAGAUCGUGCCAUUGCACUCCAGCCUGGAUGACAGGGCAAGACUCCGUCUCAAAAAAAAAAAAGGGCAGAAGUUCACCAAGGGGAGCUGCACAUGAGCCCAGAGCUGGAGGAGCUUUGUGCCGCAGCCCUGUGUGAUCAAGGACAAGGGGAUUAGUGCAGGGCCCCACCCACUCUGGGGACCCAAAACUCCUGGGACAUGCCCUGGGAGCCAGUUGGCUCUGGGCCUGCGCCCCUCUCCAUGGUCAUUUGGGCUGCUAUGAGGCUGCAGAGCUGAACAAGCUGCUGGGCAGGGGCCGGGCACCUGGGGUCUGUCUGACCUGCCCAGGAACUGCCAGCAUGGCCAUUCCCCGCUGUGGGACCAGGCCGAGGCACAGGUGAAUAAGACCCCAAUCCUGCCCCGUUCGUACUCGAUACGUCACUGCGAAUGAUGCGCUGAGACCUGAGACAAGCCCCUUCCCCUCCCUGUGCCUCGGGGUCCUCUUCCGCCCACCCUCUUGCCAUCUCAAGCCUCAGUUUCCUCCUCUAUCAAAUGCAGGCAUUGUUAUUGGGGGUUUUUUUUGUUUUUUGUUUUUUUUUUUUUUUGCUUUUUGUUUUUGGGAUUUAUUUGAGAUGCAGUCUUGCUCCAUCGCCCAGGCUGGAGUGCAGUGGCAAAAUCUUGGCUCACUGCAACUGUGCAAGGGAGUCUCCUGCCUUAACCUCCCCAGUACCUGGGAUUACAGGCGCACACCACCACACCUGGCUUUUUUUUUUUUUAUGAUAGAGGCAGGGUUUCAUCAUGUUGGACAGGCUGGUCUCGAACUCAUGACCUCAAUUGAUUUCCGCCUUCCUCAACCUCCCAAAGUGCUGGGAUUACAGGUGUGAGCCACCAUACCCAGCCUCAAAUGCAGGCACUGUGAGGGUUACGAUGGGUGCAAAGCCCUGAGCACUGGGCAGGCUCCGAGCAGGUGAUGGACACGGGAACAUUUUCAUCAUCACUAUUUUUUUUUUUUUUUUUUUUGAGAAGGACUCUUGCUCUGUCGCCCAGACUGAAGGGCAGUGGUACGAUCUCGGCUCACUGCAACCUUCACCUCCUGUGUUCAAACAAUUCUCUGCCUCAGCCUCCCAAGUAGACACCUGCCAUCACACCCAGCUAAUUUUUGUAUUUUUAGUAGAACAGGGUUUCACCAUUUCACCUGACCAGAUGGCCAGGAUGGUCUCGAACUCCUGACAUAAGGUGGUCCGCCAGCCUCAGCCUCCCACAGCCUUGGGAUAACAGGCGUGAGCCACCGCCGGCCUUGUGACUGUUUUUGCUGACCCGAGCUCUUUUGGCCUGGAGCGUCCAGCUCUCUGACGGUUUCCCUGAAUCGCAUGCUUUCUUACUCACGUUCACCCCCAGCCCUUCCUGGCCAUAAACCACAUCCCUCUUUGAUUUACUGCAGGAGUUUCCCAUCUUCAUGGUAAUGGCCCUGACAACCCUUAAUCGGGAGAAUGUACCUCCCUCUGGUUUUCCUCCUCACCAAGCCCCGGCUCCCUCUCCCCCACCCCACGGAAAGUCCCCGCUAUUUCUUUUCCACUCCCACCCACUUCAAGGUGCCGCCCCACACCCUGCCCUGAGCACCAAGGCGGUUCUCAAGGCAGGGAUGGGUGAAGCCUGAGCUCUUCUGCCUGCCGGGUGGCCACUCACAGAACCCCUACCCCAGGGCCCCUGCGGCCACAGCCGCUGGCAUUUCCAAAGGAGCUGCUUCCAGUACUGCGGUCCUAAAACACCGUGACAUCCCCAUUUGACAGCUGCAGACAGGAGCCACAGAGGGGAGGGCGGGCUCACAGCCCACGUCCUGACCCCUGGGCCACGGCUGUCAGCCCCACUGCUACACCCUUUUGACAGAAGGGGAGACUGAGGCUCUGAGUGGCAAGUGGAGGGGGAAGUGGAACCAUGGGAAGCCCCGUAGGACAUGGGGUCACCUGAUGGAGAGGACCUGGGGGGAAAAUUGGCCUGGCCCAGGGACUGUAGCCCCUCUGUCCCCAGGCUGCAGGAAUCAAGGCAGCAUGGGGGAGGGUAGAAACAAGGGCUCCGGUGAUCAGGGACGGGGGCGGCCGAGGGGCAUUCCCCGCUGUCGUCACGGUUACCUGAGCAUCUAUUUCUGGCCUCCAAACCACCCCAGAACUAUCUGGGGCAAAAGGAAGAAAAGAGACAGCGACUUCCUCCGACCCCUUUCUCCAACGUCAACUAGACUGAGCAUCUGACCCUGCGACUCCAAAAAACCAGUUUCAUUUCCCUUGGCCAGUUUCCCAAAAGGAGGGGUGGGCGGGGCUCUGCCAGUUUAAGGGGAGAGAAAGGGCCACAGCAAAGACAGCUGGACGGUGGAGGAGAGGAUCGCGCGGUCCUGCUGUCGCCAAGAGCUGGAGGUAGCAACAUGGCCAGCAGUUGGGGCACAGAGAGAUAGGACCCACGGAAAUAGGGACUGAGAAGCAGUCAGGCGCCGGACACCAUCUCCCGCCGACAGUCAUGGCCCCGCUGGUCCUACGCCUCCUCGGCCUCGUCCCCAUCCUCCUCGGCCUGGCAGCCUCCCAGGACUGGAAGACCGAAGGCAGCCAGGACCCCUUCGAGAAAUGCAUGCACGAUCCUGACUACGAGCAGCUGCUCAAGGUGGUGACCCUGGGCCUUGAUCGGACCCUCAAGCCCCGGAGGGUGAUUGUGGUUGGUGCUGGCGUGGCUGGGCUGGUGGCUGCCAAGGUGCUCAGCGAUGCCGGACACAAGGUCACCAUCCUAGAGGCAGAUAACAGGAUCGGGGGCCGAAUCUUCACCUACCGGGACCGGAACACGGGCUGGAUUGGGGAGCUGGGAGCCAUGCGCAUGCCCAGCUCCCACAGGAUCCUCCACAGGCUCUGCCAGGGCCUGGGACUCAACCUCACCAAGUUCACCCAGUACGACGAGAACACGUGGACGGAGGUGCAUGAGGUGAAGCUGCGCAACUACAUGGUAGAGAAGCUGCCCGAGAAGCUGGGCUACGCCCUGCGGCCCCAGGAAAAGGGGCACUCGCCCGAAGACAUCUACCAGAUGGCUCUCAACCAGGCCCUCAAAGACCUGAAGGCACUGGGCUGCAGAAAGGCAAUGAAGAAGUUUGAAAGGCACACGCUCUUGGAAUACCUCCUCGGGGAGGGGAACCUGAGCCGGCCGGCCGUACAGCUUCUGGGAGACGUGAUGUCCGAGGAUGGCUUCUUCUAUCUCAGCUUUGCCGAGGCCCUCCGGGCCCACAGCUGCCUUAGCGACAGGCUGCAGUACAGCCGCAUCGUGGGUGGCUGGGACCUGCUGCCACGCGCGCUGCUGAGCUCGCUGUCUGAGCCUGUGCUGUUGAACGCGCCCGUCGUGGCGAUAACCCAGGGGCCGCAUGAUGUGCACGUGCAGAUCAAGACCUUUCCCCGAGCGCGGAAUCUGAAGGCGCUGAAGGCCGAUGUGGUGCUGCUGACCGCGAGCGGGCCGGCGGUGCAGCGCAUCACCUUCUCGCCGCCGCUUCCCCGCCACGUGCAGGAGGCGCUGCGGGGACUGCACUACGUGCCGGCCACUAAGGUGUUCUUGAGCUUCCGCAGGCCCUUCUGGCGCGAGGAGGACAUCGAGGGCGGCCACUCGAACACAGACCGCCCGUCGCGCAUGAUUUUCUACCCGCCGCCGCGCGAGGGCGCGCUGCUGCUGGCCUCGUACACUUGGUCGGACGCGGCCGCGACAUUCGCCGGCCUGAGCCAGGAAGAGGCGCUGCGCUUGGCACUGGACGACGUGGCUGCGCUGCACGGGCCGUUCGUGCGCCAGCUCUGGGACGGCACCGGCGUCGUCAAGCGCUGGGCCGAGGACCCGCACAGCCAGGGUGGCUUCGUGGUGCAGCCGCCGGCGCUCUGGCACACUGAAAAGGAUUACGAGCCGUACGACUGGUCUGUGCCUUACGGCCGCAUCUACUUCGCCGGCGAGCACACCGCCUACCCGCACGGCUGGGUGGAGACGGCGGUCAAGUCGGCGCUGCGAGCCGCCAUCAAAAUCAACAGCCGGGAGGAGCCUGCAUUCGAGACGGCCAGCCCAGAGGGGCAGAGGCAGAGGCAGGGGCCCGCGCAUGGGGUGGCGGGCAGCCCCUCGUCUGACCUGGCAGAGGAAGAGGGCAGCCACCCUCCAGUCCAAGGCCAGUUACCUCUCCAGCACACUACCUACACAAGGACCUGGCAUUAAAGUAUUUUCGGAAA